AUGAAUCCCUCGCAGCCCGUCGCCUCCCAGAUCGAAGGCGUCAACUUUGGCUACUUGUCCAGCGAAGAUGUGCGCGCCCUCUCAUGUCGACGCAUCACGAACCCGACAACCUUCGACACCCUACUGAAUCCUGUUCCCGGCGGCCUGUACAGUCUGGAGUUGGGUCAAUUCGGCGACAAUGCGUGUACAACAUGUGGCCUCAAGACGCCGCAAUGUCCGGGCCAUCCAGGCCAUAUCGAGCUCCCAGUGCCUUGCUACCACCCGACUUUCAUGGACCAGAUUCUACGGCUGCUUCGAGCGGCAUGCAUAUACUGCGGCAAGCUGAAGCUGCAGAGAGUGUUGGUAGCACGAUAUGUCUGCAAGUUGAGGCUAGUCAAAUAUGGGCUGUUGAAAGAAUUGAAUGAGCUGGAGGAGGUCGAGCUUAAGAGUGCCAAGAACAACAAGCCAACAGCAGGCUCGUCAGACGAAGAGGAAGACGAGGGAACGGAUGCGGAUUCGAAGCAGGUGAUCCAGAAGCUGGAGCAGUAUACGAAGGAUGCGGUCAAGGCUGCGAAAAAGGAAGGGCGUCUGUCGACGGAGAAGACUGAGACCGUCAAGAACGUUCGGGCUGCGAUAAUACGAGACUUCAUGUUUAACAUCACCAAGAGCAAGAAGUGCGGCAACUGCGGUGGCAUCAACCACAGUUAUCGAAAGGAUCGGUUUGUCAAGAUAUUCAGGAAGCAUCUGUCAGAAAAAGAGCAUUUGGCUGUGGUGCAGGCAGGACAGAAGGCCAAAGAUCCUGUGAUGGAGAUGAGGCGGAGAGUGAAGGCGGAGCAGAGUCGAAAGAGAAAGCGAGACAAGGACGAAGCCGUGGCUGAUCUCGACCGCAGCUCUGAGGAAGAGGAGGAGGAAGAAGGCGAGGGCGAUGAUGUGAACAUGGACGAUUCUGAGGGCGAGCCUGAGAUUGCAGGCGGCGAUGUGGCAGAAGCAACGGCAAAGACUGCGCAGAAGGCGAAAGAGGAAUACCUCAACCCUACUCGAGUACAUGCACACCUGCAGCAGCUCUUCGAACGCGAUGCCGAAGUCCUGGGUUUGGUGUACGGCAUGGACUCGAAGAAGUCCAAACUUUCCGCCGAUAUGUUCUUCCUUCACACAAUAUUCGUACCACCAAACCGAUUUCGACCAGAGGCGAAGACUGGCGACAACGAGAUCGCUGAAGCACAAGAGAACAGCCUCUACAAGAACAUCCUCACCACGUGCGACACUUUGACUGAAAUCCAGAAAGAGUUGAGCGGCAAGGAGCCUACGGUGACCCGGUAUCGUGCGCGGACCUACGCCGACUUCGAGACUACCUGGCUUACACUCCAAGAGAAUGUCAACUGCCUCAUCGACCGCAAUCUGUCGCCUCUUCAAGGACGAGCUGGCGCCAGAAAUGCCGACGGCGUUAAGCAAAAGCUGGAGAAGAAAGAGGGUAUGUUCAGAAAGUACAUGAUGGGCAAGCGUGUCAACUUCGCUGCUCGAACUGUCAUCUCGCCUGAUCCAAACAUCGAGACGAACGAGAUUGGUGUGCCGCCAGUCUUUGCCGUGAAGCUGACUUACCCUGAACCGGUAACGCAGUGGAAUUUCGAGGACUUGCAAGAGGCUGUCCGAAAUGGACCACACAUCUGGCCUGGAGCUGUUGCAAUCGAAAGCGAAACAGGUGCGAUAAUGAAUCUGGAUCGAAAGAAUGCGGAAGAGCGAACCGCACUGGCAAAUCAACUUCUGGCCCCAUCACCCUCUGGCAACACUCGCGGUGCAAGACCGAAGAAGGUGCAUCGACAUUUGAACAAUGGCGACAUUGUCAUCAUGAAUCGACAGCCUACACUGCACAAGCCCAGUAUGAUGUGUCACAGAGCGCGUGUGCUGCCAGGAGAAAAGACUCUCCGCAUGCACUACGCCAAUUGCAACACGUACAAUGCCGAUUUUGACGGAGACGAGAUGAACAUGCACUUUCCACAAAACGAAUUGGCAAGGGCAGAAGCUUUGACUGUGGCCGACACUGACCAUCAAUAUCUCUCUGGAACGGCUGGAAACCCACUGCGUGGUCUCAUUCAAGAUCAUAUCUCCAUGGCUGUGUGGCUCACGAACCGAGACAUGUUCUUCGAACGAGGCGACUACAUGAACUUGCUCUACUCUGCGCUACGACCCGAGCACGGCCAUACGUCAACUGGCAGAGUUGAGACUGUCCCACCGGCCAUAAUCAAGCCUAAACCUCUCUGGACUGGUAAGCAGGUCAUCACGUCGGUCCUCAAGAACAUCAUGCCGGACAACACGCAAGGCCUGACCAUGUCGGGCAAAUCGACCACCAGUGGAAAGCUGUGGGGUGCCGUGGGCGAGAGUGAGAACAUCGUGAUUGUCCAGCGAGGAUAUCUCUGUCAAGGUAUCCUCGACAAGAAGCAGAUCGGUCCGUCGAGCGGUGGCUUCAUCAAUGCCAUCUAUGAAGCGUAUGGGCACACCAUUGCUGGGAAGAUGCUCAGUAUUCUUGGACGACUGUUGACAAAGCUGCUUCACAUGCGAGCCUUCUCUUGCGGUGUGGAGGAUUUAAUCUUCACCAAGAAGGGCGAGGUCGAUCGGCAGAAAGCUUUGGCUGGUGCAGCGGACGUUGGUCUUGAAGUUGCGGCGAAGUACGUUUCAUUGACGGAUCAAAAGCCCAAGAGCGACGACAAGGAGCUUCGACGACGAUUGGAAGAUGUGCUCCGCGACGAUACGAAGCAGCAUGGUUUGGACCAGCUCACCAACGGCGCAACCAAGGAUCUCAGCUCGGACGUCUCGAAUCAAUGCAUGCCAGCGGGCUUGGCCAAGCCAUUUCCCAAGAAUCAGAUGCAGACUAUGACCAACUCUGGUGCGAAGGGUUCGCAAGUCAACGUCAACCUCAUUUCAUGUAACCUUGGGCAACAGGUUUUGGAAGGUCGAAGAGUGCCUGUGAUGGUGAGCGGCAAGACAUUACCCUGCUUCAAGCCUUUCGAAUCCAGCGUCCGAGCCGGAGGAUACAUUGUGGAUCGCUUCUUGACUGGUAUCCGGCCCCAAGAAUACUUUUUCCAUGCCAUGGCUGGCCGAGAAGGACUGAUUGAUACAGCUGUCAAGACAUCGCGAUCUGGAUACCUCCAGCGCUGCAUUAUCAAGGGUAUGGAAGGUCUCAAAGUCGAGUACGACACGUCUGUUCGCCACAGUGAGGACGGUAGCGUCGUCCAAUUCCUGUACGGCGAGGAUGGUCUCGACGUCGGCAAAGCCAAGUACCUCCCGGAUUUCAAGUUCGCCGCGGAGAACUACCUCUCCCUCUUCAACACCUUCCAAAUGAAGGAGUCCUUCGAGCGCAUGAUCAACGAGGACGCGAAAGAGCACGCCAAAAAGGCCGAAAAGCUGUAUCGCAAGAAGGGUGAUCUUGGCGCCAGUGAUCCUGCCCUUGCGUUGUAUCCACCAAGUACCUACGGAGGCAGCGUGAGCGAAAAGAUUCUUGUUGACUCGAGAAAGUUUGUCGAAGAGAACAAAGAGCGUCUCAUUCGCGACAGGAAGAAUGGCAUCGAUGGCAUUGGAACGGUGUCCAAGAAGAACUUCAACAGCAUCCUCGACAUGCGAUAUCUCAAGUCUGUAGUGGAGGCUGGAGAGGCUGUUGGUGUCGUUGCUGGUCAAUCCAUCGGUGAACCGUCGACGCAGAUGACCCUGAACACUUUCCAUUUGGCUGGUCACGCGGCGAAGAACGUCACACUUGGUAUCCCUCGUCUUCGAGAGAUCGUCAUGACCGCUGCUACGAACAUCUCCACCCCAGCCAUGACCUUGAAGUUGAAUGACGACAUCAACGUCGAGGAGGCGAAGAAGUUUGCAAAGGGCAUCAGUAAGCUGUCGCUGGCGGAGAUUGUGGAUAAAGUCACAGUCAAGGAGACUACCGGCCAGGGUGUUGCGUAUGGCGAGGCGAAGAAGUACGAGGUCAAGCUCGAGUUCUUCCCGGCCGAAGAAUAUCAGCGCGAGUACGCCAUCACUAUUCAGGAUGUCGUCACGACCAUCGAACACCGAAUGCUUCCUCGACUGCAAGCCGCCACUCGCAAGGAGCUGAAGAAGCGCGGAGAUGCCAAGACUCUGAAGGCAGCGGACGAUGCUUUGCCAGAAAUUGGGAAGUCGGCUGGUCGAGUCGAAGAGGAGAGAGCUCGACCUGAGGGAGAGCGAGCCGGCCGGGAUGAUGAUUCUGAUGACGAGGGCGAUGAUGAUGCCACGUGGGACAAGUCGAAGAGCAACAAACAGCAAGCUGGCUACGAUGCAUACGAGGACGACGAGGAGCGAGACAUGAGAAGGAAGGACGCAACACCAGAGCUAGAGCCGGAGACUGAGGAAGAGAACGACUCUGCGUAUGGUGGCAGCCCGAGAUCCUCACCCGAGCCAGAUGAGGUGGCUCGCUCGAAUGCCAAGAAUCGCGAAACCCGCAUCAAAGGUGCCAGCAAGACGAACGAUGUCGUUGCUUUCUCCUUCGACGACAAGACCGGCUCGUCAUGUCGAUUCACCAUGGAGUACGACUCCACCACGGCCAAGAUCCUGAUGCUGAACCUUGUGGAGACAGCCCUUCAUCAAGCACUCAUCCAGUCUGUGCCUGGCAUCGCUAUGUGUAUGCUUGACGAACAAGGCACGAAGGAGGAGGCUGACGGAAAUCCCAUCAUUGCUGCGUCUGGAGUGAACAUCCCUGCCAUGUGGGAUUACCAGCACAUCGUCCACCCUCACCACAUCUACACCAACUCUAUUGCAGAUAUCCUGCGACAUUAUGGAGUUGAAGCCUGCCGAGGAGCCAUCGUCAGAGAGAUGCAAUCCGUGUUCGGCGGUCACGGUAUCUCCGUCGACACUCGCCACCUUACCCUGAUCGCAGAUUACAUGACCCGUGACGGCGUGUACCAGGCCUUCAGUCGAAUGGGAUACCGCAAUAACCCCAGUCCGUUCAUGAAGAUGAGCUUUGAGACGACGUUAGGCUUCUUGCGGGAUGCGGUGCUUGAGGGCGAUUUUGAUGACCUCAAGGGACCCAGUGCGAGGAUUGUGACGGGUAGAGUUGGUGGUGUGGGUACUGGAGGGUUUGAUGUGCUAAUGCCACUAGAAGAGAAGGUCACGGAGAAGGGUGUUAAUGAUGAAGAUGUUGACGAGGAAGGGGAUGUUGAGAUGGCAGAGGCAUAG